GUGCUGGAGACAAUGCCAUCAGUUGUGCUAUAAUGAUAGAGAUAAUCCGUGUAUUAUCUCAGUCAGCAACCCCUAUCCAACAUAGUAUGGUGUUUCUCUUUAAUGGUGCUGAAGAAAACUUAUUACAGGCAAGUCAUGGAUUUAUCACAAAGCAUCCAUGGGUUGACUCUAUCAAGGCUUUUGUUAAUAUUGACUCUGCUGGUAACGGUGGAUGGGAAGUUGUCUUUCAAACAGGGCCCCUUCAUCCCUGGUUAACAAGAGCCUAUGCAGAGUCAGCACCAUAUCCUAGUGGAUCUAUCCUAGGUCAGGAGCUGUUUCAAAGUGGAAUUAUACCUUCAGAUACAGACUACAGGAUAUAUAGGGACUUCGGUGACAUUCCAGGUCUUGAUAUAGCUUAUAUUACCAAUGGAUAUGUUUAUCACACACAAAAUGAUCAAAACAGAUUUAUACACCAAGGAUGUCUACAGAGGGGAGGUGAAAAUCUUCUGGCAGUUUUGUGGGAGCUGUCCAAAAGCUCUCAUCUGGCAGAUCCAGGACCUGAGAAAGAUGGUACCAUGAUAUUCUUUGAUCUCGUUGGUUAUGUAAUGAUCUAUUAUCCACAACGUGUAGCAGUUGUCAUCAACAGUGCACUGAUGGCGGCCAUCUUAUUCAGAAUUAUACGGAAAACAUUCAACAUUGAUAGAUCUGAUAAUCAUGAUGUGAAGUAUUUCCAAAAUCUACUUAAAGCAAUGUUUUUCAUGGCCUUGACAUAUAUCCUGGUGAUACUGACAACGGUUGCCAUGGCGCUGCUAGUAACACUCUGUGGUCGCAAUAUGAGCUGGUUCACACACAAUUAUAACCUUAUACCUCUAUUUCUGAUACCACCAUGUAUAACAGUUCUUAUGAUGCAUGAAGCUCUUAAAGGCUCAUUAUUUAAGAAUAAUAUAUCUUGGUACAAUGAGCAGAUAUUUUUUGAAGCAAACAUGACAAUCUGGAGUAUUUUAAUGUUGAUGUUGACAUUGAAGGGGAUAGGAAGUGCUUUUUUCCCAAUGUUGUAUGUGCUAGGUCCUUUAUUUAUCAGAGAUAGAACUCUUUGGAUCUUCAAAAAUAGAAACUGGAAACGUCAUCCAUACAGAUUUUUCUGUCUACAUUUACUGGGAUUGUUCAUACCAAGUUUGAUAACAAUCUACGUAGGAAAUGCUGUUGCAAUUUUAUUUCUGCCAAUAUUAGGAAGGACUGGAACAGAAGUGAACUCUGAUGUUGCUAUAGGUGUUAUCUGUUCAUUCUUUCUUGUUCUUUUAUCAGGCUAUCUAGUUAGUUUAAUAUAUUUGUGUGGUAAUAUGAAAAAAGUCAUAUCAUUCUUGAGUGCCAUAUCAGCUGUCUGGCUUCUGGCUAUAGUGUUUACACCACUAGGAUUUCCUUAUAGUGGGAACCAGCAACAACCUUCACCAAUGAGAUUGUUAGCUUUGCAUGCAAGAAGAAGAGCUCAUGAUAUUCAGGGAACAAUGACGUAUGAGGAUUCUGGGAUAUGGUUAAUACCAUUUGACUACAACAACAACAGACAACUUAUUGCUGCCAUGCCAAGGCUACAAGAGGCAGAAAAAGUGCAAUGUCAUCUAGGCCCAUACUGUGGGGUUCCAUUUAUCAUCCCUGUCAUUGAUAUGCUGCAUCCCAAAAAUAGUUUAUAUAUGGCAGUAAACAAACAUGACAGACCAGAUGUGAUAUGUAAGAAAGUUCAAUCAGAAAAGGAUGAGAUAGGUCUUACAAAACUGACAUUUGAAGUUACAGGUCCUGAUCAUAUCACAUUACAAGUACGUCCACAUCAUGGCGUGUCCCUACAGAAGUGGAGUGUUAGUGAAUAUAGGCCGUAUCCAGCAGCCAUGCCACCUGAUGUGAAUGAAACUACAUAUUUUGUUUACUAUUCUCACGGUGAAACUCCUGCAACUCCGUGGACAUUUUCUCUACAUUUCAAGGUUCCUGUUAAUCAUGAUACAAGUAAAGGAAUAGUGGACAUUGGUUUAGCCGGCCACUAUUUACACAGUGAUGAUAAACAUACCACAGAACUGGACGCUUUCUUGGCUCAGACUCCUGAUUGGACCACACCAGUCACAUGGUCAGCUUCCUGGGAUGGUUUUGUAUUUUAAUUGUUUGAACACUAGAAGGGUUACUGUUUAGCAUAUAUCACCAAUAUACCUUGUGAUGUUUUUUUUAAGA